AUGCCACACCACACAUCCAAUAAAGUAAAAGUCUAUGUUCGAACUCGUCCGACGAAUAACUUUGCAUCGGAUAUAAUUUCUGUUGAACGAGACAAUCGAACUGUCAGUGUUCAUCGAGUUGCAUCCGCCAAUGCUGUUGAUAACAAAAUCAAUGAUUGGGCCUUCCAUUUAGACGGUGUAUUUCAUAAUGUUAGUCAAGACGAAAUAUUUGAUUCUGUAGCAAAGGAUGUUAUUAAUCGAACACUAGAUGGUUAUAAUGGUACGAUAAUGUGUUAUGGUCAAACAGGAGCUGGAAAAACUCAUACAAUGACUGGUUUUACUGAAAGUUAUCCAAAUCGUGGUGUUAUACCUCGUACUAUACAACAUCUUUUUCAAGAAAUCAAUUCUCGACAAGAUUUUUCCUAUUCAAUUCGUAUUGCUUAUCUCGAAAUUUACAAUGAUCAAAUGUGUGAUUUACUUCGUACACUUGAUUCAAAAACUGAUUAUCAGCAACAACAACAACAAUUAUCAAUUGGUGAAGAUGUGGGUUUUGUUUAUGUCAAAGGAUUAUCAUAUAGAAUUGCAAAUAGUGAAGAAGAAGCAUUGAAUUUAUUAUUUGAAGGUGAAACAAAUCGAUCAAUUGGUCAGCACGUGCUUAAUAAGCAAUCAUCUCGUUCACAUUGUAUUUUUACAAUUAUUAUCGAAUGUCGAUCAAUUCUAUCAUCAGAUGACAAAUAUACAGUAUCGAAAUUAAAUCUUGUUGAUUUAGCUGGAAGUGAAAGAUUAGCAAAAACUAAUUCUGAAGGUGUAACAAAACGUGAAGCAACAUUUAUUAAUAAAUCUUUAUCUUUUCUUGAACAAGUUGUACUUAAUUUAUCGGACAAAAAAACAAAUUAUUCACAUUUUCGAAGUUCAAAAUUAACACAUGCAUUGAAAGAUAGUAUCGGCGGACGAUGCAAUACUGUUAUGAUUGCAAAUAUUUGGCCUGAACUGCAACAUAUCGAAGAAACAGUUUCAACACUUCGUUUUGCUAGUCGAAUGAUGUGUGUACCCGCUGAGCCAACUGUUAAUGAAAUAAUUGAUCCUGUAAAAGCCAUAGAAAAUUACAAACGAGAAAAUAAAUAUUUAAAAGAAGAAUUAGCAUUGCACAAUACAUUAGUUAAUCGUAAUGGAAUUUCUUAUGAGCCAUUAUCUGAACAACAAUUAUAUGAAAUUGAAAAUCAAUGUCGCCGAUUUAUUGAUGGAAGUUUAGAUGACGUUGAAAUUCAAAAUGUUCGUCAAGUACAAGCUGUUUUUAAUACACUGAAAAAUAUUUGUCGAGCAACAGAAAAAGAUAUCGAAAAGAAAUAUCGUGAUCGAUAUGUUCUUACAGAUAAACAUGAUUACGAUCAACAAGAUGGGCAAAAAUUAUCUGGUACCACUCAAGGUGUAACUAGUAUAGGAGGUACUUCUGGUGAACUUGAUGGACAAAGUUUUGGAAUAGGUACAGCUUCGAAAGAUCAACGCGUAAAUAAAGAAGCUUUACUUAAAAUGACACGAAAUAAAAGGCAAGCAACAAGUAAAACAUCACCAGGGCAACAACAACCAACUCCUAAAGAAAAAUCUUCACCACUUGGAUCGAAACCAACCGGUGCAACUCUCCAACGAAGUAGUACAAAUGAUGAAGAACAGUUUUCACGUGUUAAAGAACCAAGUGAUAUGACCGAUAUGAAAGAUCAACCACCAAGUACGCCACCUACUCGAACAAUUGCAUUUGAAGAGUUUAAACAAACUCGAGGUUUAAAUUUAAAUAAAAUUUAUGUGGAAAACAAAGAAAUAUUGGCAUCAAAGAAAAAACAAUUUGCAGAUUUAGCUCGAGGUAUAAAUCAAAUGAAAACUGAUAUUGAUAAAACUCGUACUGAUGCUGAACGUAAAAAGAAUGAACGAUUAACGAUGGGUGAAUUUUUAAAUGAAAAUGGUGAAACUAUCAUUGAUGAAGAAGAAUAUGAAUUAAUUGCAAAAUUACAAGAACUUAAAGGUAUCUAUCGAAAUGAUUAUGAUCAAUGGAAAGAUCUUAAAUCAGAAAUAAAUUAUUGUCAAAAUUUGGUCAAUCAAUGUCAACAUCGACUUCUUCAAGAAUUUGAUAUAUGGUAUAAUGAAUGUUAUUCAAAUGGAAAUAAUGCUACCGAUAUUGAUGAUAUAAUAUCAUCGAACAAAGCGACGAAUGAAUAUCAAGUUUAUGAUGAUGCUGCUGAAAGAUUUGAACGUAUGCAAAAAGAAUUAUUACUUUCAGAUCUUGACAGUAUGCCGUUUCGACAAGCACAAAUGAGAACAAAUAGACGUCACGUUUUCAACGCAGCUAGGACUCAAGGACCAUGGAAACAAGCGCCAACAACAACGAUUACAAAUAAUACUGGCUUUAGAUCAGCACAAAAUUAUGCACAAGAAACAUUUUCCUUGCCAGCGAUAUCUGUUGGUGCUGGUCGACAAAAGUCAAUGGUUCGAUAA